AUGACCCCACCUCAGCUGUCCUACGUCCAGGAGGGGGCGCCGGCCGCCAGGCCGCCGGGCGCGGGUCCCGGCAUGCGCAGUAGCGACCUGUGGCCGGCCGAGGGCCCCUUUGCGCCGGCGGGAUCCCGGCGUGGCGUGUUCGAAUCCUGGCUCUGCCACCUCGUGCUGGGUGCCCCGGGCCGUCGGCUUCUCUUCUCGGGGUGUAUUUUGGUGAGGGAUCCAGGUGAGAGUGACUGCAGUGGGAAACAGCAACAUGGAUGUCGCCUACGGACUGUCAUCCUGACCCCUUGUCCUGUUGGGUUGGGCAGGGGUGGGGCAGCAGGGGUCACCUUGUCACUCCUCUCCCCUACUCCUUGUAGGUUCAUCAAUAAGCUCCAGCCAGGCUCCGUGAAGAAGGUCAAUGAAUCGACACAAAAUUGGCACCAGCUGGAGAACAUAGGCAACUUCAUCAAAGCCAUCACCAAGUACGGGGUGAGGCCCCACGACAUCUUUGAGGCCAAUGACCUGUUCGAGAACACCAACCACACCCAGGUGCAGUCCACCCUCCUGGCCCUGGCCAGCAUGGCCAAGACGAAAGGGAACAAGGUGAACGUGGGUGUGAAGUAUGCCGAGAAGCAGGAGCGGAAGUUUGAGCCGGAGAAGCUUCGAGAGGGGCGGAACAUCAUUGGGCUGCAGAUGGGCACCAACAAGUUUGCCAGCCAGCAGGGCAUGACGGCCUAUGGUACCCGGCGCCACCUCUACGACCCCAAGCUGGGCACGGACCAACCCCUGGACCAGGCCACCAUCAGCCUGCAGAUGGGCACCAACAAGGGAGCCAGCCAGGCCGGCAUGACGGCUCCGGGGACCAAGCGGCAGAUCUUCGAGCCGGGGCUGGGCAUGGAGCACUGCGACAGUCUCAACGUCAGCCUGCAGAUGGGCAGCAAUAAGGGGGCCUCGCAGCGGGGCAUGACGGUGUAUGGGCUGCCGCGCCAGGUUUACGACCCCAAGUACUGCCUGACGACCGAUUACCCCGAACUGGGCGAGCCUGCCCACAACCACCACCCACACAACUACUACAAUUCUGCCUAGGGCCCUGGGCCUCCCGCCCUCACCCCCCAGGGAGGCUGGCUGCUGCUCGGCAGGGCCUAGCCCGGCCCCGCUAACCCCUGCCCCCUGCAUGGCGCCCUCCAGCCCCUGGCACCUGCCUACAGGGUUAGCACUGGGGGGGAGGAGCAGACUGGGGGGUCUGUGUGGGGGGGAGGGGGCUCUCCUCCCUGGAGCACUGCAGGGUCCAACAUCGAGCCAGGUGUUCCCAACGGCAUCCAAAGGACGCACUGAGCAAAGCUACCCCAGCUGCCCCCCACUCCCUCACAGGUGGGUUCCCCCCAGGACAAGAAGCCCCCCAAGCAAAGCCCCCAGAGCCCAGGCUCAGCCUGCCUCCACCCCAUUCCCACAAUGGGAGCCAACUGCAUGCCCAGAGACCCAGCGGACACACGCGGUUUGGUUUGCAGCGACUGGCGUAUGUGGAUGUGACAGCGGUGUUUGUAAUGCGAGCACUUUCUUUUUCUAUUUCACUGGAGCACAAUAAAUGGCUAUAAAAUCA